AUGGGUACAAGUAAAAAGAAACUAAACAAAAAUGGCUCUCCUAAGGCUGUAGCUGGGAUCAAUACUACUAGGUAUUCAAAAGGAAGCGGUUCUGAGGAAGUGUCACCAUUAUCUGUUGCAAAAUCUGUCAGCAACUCCAAAUGGAAAGACCCCAAAACUUGGCCUCCAAGUUUGCAUGAUUUUAUUGCUAGGUCCUUUAAAGAGGCAAGUACCAAAAACUUUAACUCUACUAAUACUGCAAAAUUUAAAAGCCAGCUCAAAAGUCUCAUCAAUAUGGCCAUAGAAUCAGAUCGUAUAAUGAGAAAUGAUUGGGAUAAGCAGGAGGUGCCGCUGCUUAUAGGCUCUAAAAGCGAAGGGCUUUCAUUAUAUUGUGACAAUGCCGAAAUUGCUCAAAAAGGUCGAGCAGGGCCUGAACAAAACAUAUCCACAACUAAUGGCGCCAAAAGAAAGAACAUAUUUGGCGAAGAUGAAUCGGAUUCAGAAGAUGUCACUCUUGGUGAGAAGGAACCAAAAGCCAUGACUUCUUCGAAAUCCAUUUCUUUAGGAGACAGUUUGAAAAAACUUAAAAAGCAGAAGAAAGAGCCUGCAACAUUGCCUGCUUCCUUGCCAUCGAUUCCUUCAACUUCAAACCAGAUGACGAACCAACAACUAAAAGACCUAAGAAGUAAAAGGUUUGAACGUGAGUUAUCGAUACCAGUGAAUCAUAAUUAUAAAGAUGAUGUUGUAUCAACAAAACCUAUAGUUGGGAGAAAUAAUAAUUUGGAGAAAAAAUACUUGAGAUUGACAUCACAGCCUAAUCCAGAUACAGUUAGACCUUUGAAAGUUUUGAAGAAAACUUUGCAGUUACUCUUUGACAAGUAUUUUGAUGGUGCAAGUUAUAGCUAUUUAUGUGAUCAGUGUAAAUCAAUGCGUCAAGAUUUGACUGUCCAAAAUAUAAGACAUGACUUUACAAUUAUGGCAUAUGAAUUUCACUCUAAGAUUGCCAUCGAAAAUGGUGACUGGGGAGAGUUCAAUCAAUGCCAGUCGCAGCUAAAGGAACUAUACGCCCAAGCAGACUUGACGAAACCACAUUACUUCGAAUUUCUUGGGUAUCGUGUGCUGUACUAUAUUUUGACAGGAAAUAACACUGAAGUUUAUGAGCUUGAGCUUGACAUAGAGACAAAGGGACUUAGACAAAACAACGACGACUUUUUUAGCUGCGCUUUAGAGUUGUUUAGACAUAUUUCAUCUUCGAAUUAUUAUCUGUUGUCCCAGACUGUCUGUAAAAUAUACAACAGAAAUAAAGAAGAAAGAAGACAAAUGAUCAAAACCAAUGACAAAGGAAGGCUUCUGAUCACGCACAAAGAUGCAUUGUUGCUUAAACAUAACAAGUCUUACUUUUUUACUAAAUUUGUCGAAAGUAUAAUGAAGAGAGAAAAUGUCAGAAGUUUGUCAACAUUAUGUGCGGGAUAUAGGCAGUUGCCGGUGGAAUUUUUGAAGAGGUUAUUGUGUUUUGAAGAUGAUACUGCAUGGGAAGGGUUUGUUGAAGCAAAUAGAUUGGGAGCUUUCUUGAACGAUAACAAAACUUUAUUCAAUUGCCAUCAGGCAAAAUAUGUAGUGGAAGAACUUAAAAAUCAAAUGUUCAAGAAAAUUGAUAUCAAGGGACAGAUAUAA